AUGGCUACUGGGAAAAUGAACAUUAGUAUUGAUUUGAAAACUAAUGCUGAGCUGAGUUUAGGUGUGGGAAGAGUCACUCUUGGGGAGAAGAAUAGGAAAAAAAUGAAAGAUUGUCAACUUCGAAAAAAGCAGAAUGAAAACAUCUUACAAGCUAUGAUUGCUUUGCUGAAUUCUGGAGGGGGAGUGAUCAAGGCUGAAAUUGAGAAUGAAAACUAUAGUUACCCAAAAGAUGGAAUAGGAUUAGAUUUGGAAAGGUCUGUUGGAAAUAUUCUUCCAUCUGUUCAUAAAUACCUAGACUUUAUGCAGCAAGGUGAAUAUUUUCUAAUUUUUGUCAAAUCAUGGAGCUCAAAAACCUCUGGUUUACGGAUUGCCACCGUGAAGUCGAAUUUGUACAAAAGGGAUGUAACAUGUACAAAUAUCAUGGAUGCCACUGCUACAAUGGAGUUCCUCACAGACAAGAACAAAACUAAGGGGAGAUUGUAUAGAUCUAAAUUGUCUCCAAAGCAGAAUGCACAAGUAGAGAGUAACGUGAAGGCCUUGGCUGAUGAGUUUUUUAACAGGACACAACUUAGGUACAGAGAAAAACUCCCCUUUACUGAAUCCACACAUGUUGAAAUGAAAGCCUUCUCAACAGACAAGUUGUUACAACGCAUUAAAGAGAUUCUCCCUCAAUAUAUUUCUGCAUUUUCAAAUACUGAUGGGGGAUAUUUGUUUCUUGGUUUAAAUGGGGAUGAAGUAAUUGGCUUUAAAAGAGAAGUGAGUGAUCUUAACAAGUUAGUUUCAGAAAUAGAAAAAUCCAUUAGAAAGUUGCAUCACUUCUGUAAGGAGAAGAAGGAGAUAAACUACGCAUGCAAAUUCCUUGAAGUAUAUGAUGAAGGGCAUCUUUGUGGAUAUGUCUGUGCCCUCAAAAUAGAGCCAUUCUGCUGUGCAGUGUUUGCUAAAGAGCCAGAAUCUUGGCAUGUGAAAGACAACAAUGUGCGACAGUUUACCAUGAAGGAAUGGAUUUCCAACAUGUUGCCUGCAAACCCAAGUACAGUGUGUUCCAGCAGCAUCAAGGAUUAA